AUGAACAAUAAUUUUUCCUGUCCUCCUGGCGUUUGUUGCCUGAAUCUUGACCUUUUUAGAAAAGAAAGAGGGUUCAUCUUAGAUGGUGUUGCCGUCGCCUCCAACGCUGCGGGGUACGGCAAAGUGAAUCCCAAACGGUGCGAUGUUAUUCCGCCCUACAACGCCCAGGCAGACCCUUACAUUAAAUUCAGUUUCUACAAUAAUUACACGAGGAAGCUUCUCAAGCGGACCAACCAGGAUCACGGUGGAACAUCAAGCAAUGGCUGGCUUGUGGACUAUUUUUACAAAUAUGGACCAGCUCAAAGGUACCUUCACAAAAGAAAUAUGUAUGGAGCUGGUCAUUCAUAUGAUCAAAUAGUCGGUCACCGAGGAUUUUUGGCAGAUCUCAAACCGAUAAAUGGAUACAAUGGAAGGUUUGGAUUCAGAAGAAACACACCGGGCCUGAGACUAAAGCCUUCCAAUUUUGGAGAGGUUACUGAUUUACCAUUGCAUUAG